AUACCACCUGCUGCUCCAGGAGCUGGUGAAGCUGACCCCGGACGCGGCCGAGCGGGAACGGCUGCGGGGGGCGCUGGACGCCAUGAGGGACCUGGCCCAGUGCGUGAAUGAGGUCAAGCGGGACAACGAGACCCUGAAGCAGCUCACGAGCAUCCAGCUGUGCCUGCACAACAUGCCGCAGUCCCUGGCGCAGUUCGGGCGCCCCAAGAUUGACGGGGAGCUGAAGGUCUCCAGCGCCGAGAGACGCUCCAAGGUGGACAGGUACGGCUUCCUGCUGGACAAGGCCCUGAUCAUCUGCAAGCGCCGCGGGGACUCCUACGAGACCAAGGACGUGGUGGACCUCCAGUGCCACCAACUGCACGAUGGUGACCUCGGACCCCGCGAUGGCAAGAAGUGGUCCCACACCUUCAUGCUGCUGGACACGGCCGGGCUGCCGGACUACGAGCUCUUCUUCAAGACACACGAGCUGAAGAAGAAGUGGCUGGAGCAGUUCGAGAUGGCCCUGUCCAACAUCUUCCCCGAGCACGCCCUGGCUGAUGGACACGACUUCCAGAUGUUCUCCUUCGAGGACACCACGUCCUGCAAGGCCUGCCAGAUGUUGCUGAGGGGCACCUUCUACCAGGGCUAUCGCUGCAGCCGCUGCCGAGCCCCCGCCCACAAGGAGUGCCUGGGGCGCGUGGGGACCUGCGGGAAGGCCGGAACUGAUCCCGGAUCGGGUGCACGGAAGAACAAAUCACAGCGGUCGGGACCCGACAAGAAACGGGGGGAGCUGGGACUCCCCAAAAUGGAGAGCACCCAGUCGUACAUUGGGGUGCCCCCCCCUCCGGGGGUCCUGGCCCCUCCCCUGCGCCUCAGCCCCGGUGACGUCAUCGAGGUGACAGCGGCCGAGGCCGAGGAGCUCUGGUGGCAGGGUCGGAACGUGGCCAGCGGGGAGCUGGGCUGGUUCCCCAGCAGCGCCGUCAAACCUUUCGUGGCCGUGCCGCUGCCGGAUCUCUCUGUGUACCCAUGGUUCGGGGGGCCCCUGGAGCGCGCAGGGGCCGAGCAGGCGCUGUCCCCCCGCUCCGACGGCGCCUUCCUGGUGCGGCAGCGGCUGCGCGAGCCCGGGGACUUCGCCAUCAGCGUCAAGUUCGGGGGGCCCCUGGAGCGCGCGGGGGCCGAGCAGGCGCUGUCCCCCCGCUCCGAUGGCGCCUUCCUGGUGCGGCAGCGGCUGCGCGAGCCCGGGGACUUCGCCAUCAGCGAGCUGGUGGAGUUCUACCGGCGGAACUCGCUGCGGGAUUGCUUCAAGGCGCUGGACACGACGCUGGCCGUGCCCUACAGGGACCCCGAGAGCCGCGCGGGACCCCGCGAGCCCC